UAUCGUCAUCACAUUUUGACAACCCUCUUGCGCAGCCAAACGCCCAAAACCCCACCGAGUGUUAAACCCUAAUCAAGGAAUAGGGUUUUAUAAAACUCAAAAACCUAUUCUCAUUCUCCUCCUCCCCGGUAGGUGUUAACCUUCCGAUCACCGGCGACACCAACCUCCGUUAAUAAUGUCUCUGAUUGCGGGCUCAUACGAAAAAUUUCUUUGGGGAUACAAACUCAAACGAUCCUGCACAGAACAAACCAUAGCCCUAAAUCCCCAAUUUUCUUACGCAGCUCAUCUAUCCCCAAUCAAAUCCGUCGCCGUUUCCGGAAUCGUAGCGGCAUCCUCCGCCGGAGACGACACCGUUAAACUUUAUGACCUUUCUACCGCUUCAGAACUUGGUUCACAUCUCCUUCAAACUUCUGUCACUUCCCUCUCUUUCUUUACCCCUCCUUCUCUCUCCUCUUUUCCUCGCAAUCUCUUCGCUGCUUCCGAUGAUGGGUCGUUCUCUAUUUUUGAUGUAGACCCUUUUGUUUUGCUCAAGACGAUUUCUGUUCAUAAGAAGGGCAUUAAUGAUUUAGCUGUUCAUCAUUCUGGGAAAUUAGGUUUAACUGUUGGGAAAGAUUCCUGUUUAGGGAUGGUUAAUUUGGUUAGAGGAAGGAGGAGUUUUAUUUGUCGGUUGGAAAAGGAAGCUAGUAUUGUUGAGUAUUGUUUUAACGGGGAGAAAUUUUUUAUGGUUUCUGAUGAGAAAAUUAGUGUUCAUGAAGCCGAAGAUGCUAAGUUGAGUGGUGAAUUUGAGUGUAGCAAGCGUGUUCUUUGUGCGGUCACCGGCGAGAAUGGACUUAUUUUUACUGGUGGUGAAGACCGUGGGAUCACAGCAUGGGAUACGGGUAGUGGAAAGGUUGCCUACAGCAUGAAUGAUGCGCACAAGUCCCGUGUGAAAGGGAUUGUUGUGCUCUCUAAGGAGGGAAACUCUGGCACUACUGAGAAUCCGUAUUUGAUUGCUUCUGCAUCUUCUGACGGGGUGAUCCGUGUUUGGGAUGUUCGUUUGACCGAUAAAGAGAAGUCGGUGCCAUUGACCGAGGCCAAUACAAAGUCAAGGCUAACAUGCCUUGCUGGGUCCUCUAUUAAGUCUGUUAGAAAGCCAACAGUGAAGAAAGAUCCUUCAGACAAGAAUUCUACAGAAAUGGAAGAUUAAAUGUAAACUUAUCCCUGAAAGCUAUAAGUUAAUCCAGUUUUGGUAAAUUAUAGGUCUAGUGUGUAAGUAUAUGAAAUAUGUCUGGAUCUGCACGUCACAGUCAGAUACUGUGGUCAAUAGUUUAGUUUCGACAGGACACCUUUUUGACAUAUUGGCUUUAGAUGAAAAUUCAUCUCUUUUUGUGAGACAUUUUGAUGGAUUUAUCUCUGAUUUUACAUAACUUGCAUGACCUUUCUCAUGCUUAUUACCAAAUUUAAUGAUGCUGAUGUAUGUUACUCGUAAUCUUCAUUUUACCUCAAGUAUUUAUGUUGAGUUCUCGACACAAGGAUAUGUGUCGGGUGCACGGAUAUAGAAAGAUAUCACUGAGCAAAAUUCUGCAAAAAUGGCUGAAAGCCUGAAACUUCAUUUCAUUACACUAUAUUACAUGCUCUGUUAAUACAACUUUACAGCACAAAAAGUGAUACAUAAAUUGGAAUUCACGAAAAUCCCACCUCAGGAAGCCAUACAUCUGGAGAAAGAAUGGAAAGUGGAGAGCCAUAUCAAAGUUGGUAUAAGGAAUAUUUUCUUUGUGCACGUUAACAUCGGUAUCAUCUUCUUCAAAAAUGGUGUCUAAUUUCGGAGGAGUUGAACACUUUCUCUGUUGUUUUCGGCUUGAGUCUGGCAAUGUUGAUGCUGGUGCGACCUUGAUGUAGUUUUGCAUAUGCAUCGUCGUUGCUCCGACUGGUGCUCUGAAAUACUUUUGUUACUGACAGUAGUGUAGUGUGUAGUGUAGUGUAAGUGAUUUGGAAGUCUUGAAAUGUUUGUAAAUGUGUUUGUUUUGCUAGAAAACUGGGUUGCAAUGAAUUUGGUAUAUAAACAAAAGGGGUUGGAGAAAAGGAGAGAAAGUGGGAGGAAAAUGAGGUUGGAUGUUGAGUGAUGAGUGU